AUUUGCCUUCCCUAGAGCUCAACAUGUGCCAGUUACAUUUUCACAAAUAUUACUUUCUUGAAAUUGUCUAUCUGAAUUGAGUUCUUAUCUAAGUUGAGCGCUCUUAACAGUGAACGUGAUAACGAACUCGGGUACAUACAUAUAUGCAUAUUUCUGUAUGUAUAUUCAUUAAAGGGCGGUUAACAUAGAUUCUUGCUUAAUCUGCAAUUGAAUUACGUAUAAAACGCGUAGGAAAGCCAUUUGUUCGUCAACAUAUGUAUCUUUGGUUUUCCAAAGCAAUCUAUGAUUGAAGCAAGAAGAAUUCAGUCAUUCCGUCUUGUGCUUUCGGUUUGUGAUCACUUGAGUGCCAGUGUCGGUUGAGUUUCGAUUCAAAAAAUUCGUUCAUAAAGUUUGAAAUGGGGUUCAGCGUUUCGACCGUUUCUUUAGUGCUGUUGCUCCCACUGGCAAUGGUCACUGGGCAAGUACCCGAAGAAAGCCAGAAUGCAGUGGAAAAGCUGCAAGUUCAAGUGUAUUAUGAGACCAAAUGCCCGGACAGUAUGAGUUUUUUGCGAAAUCAGUUGCAACCAUCUAUGAGGGAGAAGAAUAGGAUGCAGUACACCGACCUAGAGCUGAUACCAUUUGGGAAGGCAAUAGUUUGGAGAGAUGCGACUACAAAGAAAUUACAUGUCCAAUGUCAGCAUGGGGAACCUGAAUGUGUGGACAACGCUUUGCAUGCUUGCAUCUUAGAAACAUCUGACUUCGAAGUAGCUUUUGAUGUUAUUGUUUGUUUAAUGGGAAGCUACACUACUGAACUUCAAAAGUGUUCAGAAAAAUACAAUUUGAAUUUGGACCCAGUUAACGAAUGUGUUGCAAAUCGUAGUACCGCCGAAAUACUCGAAAAGUAUGGACGUCAAACAGCAGAAAUCGAUCUCACUUUUGUGCCAUCUAUAGCUCUUAAUGGAAAAUUCGACUACUCCGAGCAAAACCACUUGCUAUAUAGAUUCGAUGCCAAAUUUUGUAACGCUUACGAGAUAAAACAUGGAAAGAAAUUGGAAAACUGUCACUGACGAAAGGACAAUAAAUUAAAAAAUGCUGGAGCCAAGUUUGCUAUAUAUGGAUACAUCGCUAUAGUGUGGAACAUUAACUUUUUCGCUAUUUAAAUUUUCAAAGUAUUUCAAGUUGGCCUUCAUUGUUUUAGAAGGUGACAGUCGUGCAAUAUGUAAAAUAUUGUAGGCGUUUUUCAGUAAAAGAUGCCUUUCCGUACCAAAACUAAAUUUUUCUGUUUUAAAACUCAAAUCAUCAAAUUCAAAAAGCAUUAAUUAUAGA